GACUCGUUCCGAUGGGAGGUGCCGCCAAACUUUGUUCCGUGAGAGGAGAAGGAGCGUGUGGUUAUGGGAAAUCAAGUUCUUAUUCACAGUAGACUGCGGGACAUGCCCAUCACUCUUCCGUCUUUAUAUAGAUAGCGAAAAUCCUCUUCUUCUUCGUCUUCUUCAUCCUUCCAAGCCGUGAGAGAACUGUGAACAAAGGCCGUACGCAAACCCAUCUUUCUGAAGCUACUGAGGUCGAUUACGGUUAGUCAUGGAAAAUGAGGCAUCCAUGAAUCACGAAGCAAAAACCGCUUCAACCAUCACCAUUAAAGGGAUUCUCAGCCUUUUAAUGCAAAGCGUUGACGGGAAUGGUGGCGAUAAGAGAGUGAUUUCUAUGGGCAUGGGUGACCCUUCUAUUUAUACUUGCUUCCACACCACUAAUAUUGCUCAGGAAGCUGUCGUUGAUACGCUUCAAUCUCAGAAAUUCAAUGGCUAUGCUCCUACCGUUGGUCUUCUCCAAACCAGAAAAGCAAUUGCUGAAUAUCUGUCCCGUGAUCUUCCCUACAAGUUGACAUCCGAUGAUGUUUUUAUUACUUCUGGAUGCACUCAAGCUAUUGAUGUUUCAGUGGCAAUGCUUGCUCACCCUGGAGCAAACAUCUUGCUUCCGAGGCCAGGCUUCCCAAUCUAUGAUCUCUGUGCUGCAUUCAGACAAGUAGAAGUUCGCCAUUAUGAUCUUCUUCCUGAGAAAGGCUGGGAGGUUGAUUUGGAAGCUGUUGAGUCUCUUGCAGAUAAGAACACAAUUGCAUUGGUGAUUAUAAACCCAGGAAACCCUUGUGGAAAUGUGUACAGUUACCAUCAUUUAAAGAAGAUUGCAGAAACUGCUAAGAAGCUUGGCACUGUUGUGAUUGCUGAUGAAGUCUAUGCUCAUCUUGCAUUUGGAGCCAAUCCUUUUGUGCCAAUGGGAGUUUUUGGAUCUGAUGUUCCUAUUAUUACUCUUGGGUCCCUAUCUAAGCGAUGGAUAGUUCCUGGAUGGAGACUUGGUUGGUUUGUGAUAAAUGAUCCUUGUGGCACUUUUAGGAAACCGAAGGUUGUUGAGAGAAUAAAGAAGUAUUUUGAUAUUGGGGGUCCAGCUACCUUCAUCCAGGCAGCUGUACCUCGCAUAAUUACAGAGACUGAAGAGGUCUUCUUCAGGAAAACCCUCAACAUGUUAAGGCAUACCUCAGAUGUAUGCUGUAAAGAGAUAGAGGAUAUUCCAUGCAUUGUUUGCCCUCACAAACCUGAUGGGUCUAUGGCUAUGAUGGUGAAACUCGAUCUUUCACUUCUGGAUGAUAUUAGUGAUGAUAUUGAUUUCUGUUUCAAGCUCGCGAAGGAGGAAUCUGUUAUCAUUCUUCCAGGAACGGCGGUAGGGCUGAAAGAUUGGCUCCGAUUUACAUUUGCCGUUGAUCCAUCUGCUCUUGCAGAGGCUAUGAAAAGGAUAAAAUCAUUCUAUAAAAGGCAUGCCAGAAAGUGGUGUGAAAACAGCAGCAAAAUACGCAGUUAAAUUAACCACUCUUAAUUCUUUGUUAUACCAGCACUGGUCCUUAAAUCUCUCCUGCAAGGGAAGCGAUUAUUCAAACCACUUGAUUAGUAUGGUAAGAUCCAUUUAAUGUAACAUAUUGUGUCCCGGGCUUGAAUUGUUUUACUGGACAUCGCAAUAAAUUGCAUAGUAAAACCU